GUGUCCCGGGUCCAGGAUUGCUGUGUUUAUUUUGGUUGGAGCCAGACGGCAAAAAGAAUGAAAAAAGGAAGAUUUACAAAGGCGCCUCGGCCUCAUAAAGUAUUUAGUGAGACGGCGAUAGCGACACCAGGCACCUUCCGGUGUCCUGGUGACUGCACAGGAUUUAAUUCCUUUAUUUGCCCGUCGUAGUUUCCCGUGUACAAGUCGUAGAAUGAGCAUGGCUAUAAGUAGUGAGGCGGCCUAAAUAUCUGAUUCUAAUUUAAGCAGACUGGGUCCAUUGUGACGCAUAGUUGCCUCACAUAAGUAUAAAUCUCUUCGGAUGUCCCAUUAAUGUUCGCGUUGCGUUUGCAAGUGCAAUUCUUGGCGUUUAUAAUAUGGGGCAUUCAGUUUCAGCUGUUCGGUUCGGAGAACAGAAGAAAAUGGGUGGCAACAGUUGGCGGCCAAUUGAAACUAAUGAAUAAAUUACUUGUGCAGUGUAAGACAGUAAAAUUGAUGAGAGAAGUUCAACAUGGGUCUGAACCCAUGGAUAUAUGUACAUACAUAUAUCUACGUUCGGUUUAUAUAGCUGGUUGGGCCGGAAUUAUUCGGCAAUGGAAACUCGAGGAACAAUAGAUGACCGGACUGCAAAUUGUGCAAUACUGUGACAGCAAUAAAUGCAUGGGCUUGAUGGGCUGGAAGAAGUAACCAGUUCAAAACAAAACCAUUAAGCUACAUUGAGCAAGAGAUACAAAAGUAUCUGGUAUCUAACAGAUGCACCAAGUAUCUGAGGAUGCUUUUCCAAUGCGGCUCAGCAUCCGUUGGCUAUAGGUAACACCUUUCGGUUAGAAGGUUGCUCCAAUGUCAAAAGCCAAGACGGCUCCUUUGCUGCAGCCCGGCUGCUUAGCAUUCCACUCAGAAGUCGGAUAGAAGCUAUUGAGCGGACGACUCCCAUGCCAAUUUGUUGCUGUGUGCAAGAAUUUCAUUUAUGUGCACAACAAAAGCAGCAAACAACAAAGACAAGUGCAGCAACAAUGGAACGGUAAACGCGCCCAAGAAAACUGGGCAGCUCAUUUAUGGAAAUUAUUAAGUGCAAGCUGGCGGGGACCAAAGCGGUUACUUCUCCCAGUCAAACGGCAUUAUUAUGCGUACAUAUUUUUAUGGACAAGUGCGGGAAUGGGCACACAAACUGGCUGCCCAGGUCUUAAUAACCGAAAGCUAAUUAAAUUUGAGACCAUCUUGAUAAAACUAUUAAAACUAGGGGGUUGGGAAAUCUUGGAAAACUUGCUGUCUUGUCAUUUUCACCUUAAAGUUUAAACGAGCGACGUUUAAGCCAGCAAAGGUGUGAAACCACAAGGAAUUCCCAAACUCACAGACCUUAGAAACCUCAACAUACGUAGCUGACUUAUGGAGCCCUUAUAGGAGCAUAUCAACCCAUGAUCAUAAAAAAGUUAUAACCCGAUUGGCCGUGGUAAUUGCAACUUUGAUUCCGCGCAUCUCUCAAUUGAUCUUAAUUAAUGUUCAUUUUAAUUCGAGUGUUCUCUUUAUUGUCUGCUCUUUGCCAUCCACAUACGUGAAAAAUAAAAUUAAAUUCAAACAAAAAUAUAAAAAGCUUCUUAAGCAUUUUAUUAUCUUACAAGAAUUGAUUCAGUAAAAGGGAAUAAUUUUAAUUGGCUUAUAAAUUCAAAGGCCACAUAUUAUUUAUUGAUGGAUUCCAACACCUUGCCUAAUUGUCAGCACUCACGUUUUCCGUUCUAUUAGUGGAAAACAAUGAGGAAACCAAUUACCAAACCGCAAACCCCUCCCACAGGACGAAGACCACAUAUAUAACCACAUUCCGGAGCAGGACCAGCCCCAUAACACCUUCAGAAUGGAACCGGUGCAGUACAGCUACGAGGAUUUCGCUCGAUUACCCACGACGGUGUUCUGGAUCAUGGGCUACGACAUGCUGGGUGUUCCGAAGACCCGCUCUCGCAGGAUACUAUACUGGAUAUAUCGCUUGCUCUGCCUCGCCAGCCAUGGGGUCUGUGUGGGAUUCAUGGUAUUUCGUAUGGUGGAGGCGAAGACCAUUGACAAUGUUUCCCUCAUCAUGCGGUAUGCCACUCUGGUUACCUAUAUCAUCAACUCGGAUACGAAAUUCGCAACUGCAUUACAAGGCAAUGCCAUCCAAAGUCUGAACUCAAAACUGGCCGAGCUAUAUCCGAAGACCACGCUGGACAGGAUCUAUCACCGGGUGAAUGAUCACUAUUGGACCAAGUCAUUUGUAUAUUUGGUUAUUAUCUACAUUGGUUCGUCGAUUAUGGUUGUGAUUGGACCAAUUAUUACGUCGAUUAUAGCUUACUUCGCGCAAAACGUUUUCACAUACAUGCACUGCUAUCCGUACUUUUUGUAUGAUCCUGAGAAGGAUCCGGUUUGGAUCUACAUCGGCAUCUAUGCUCUGGAAUGGCUGCACAGCACACAGAUGGUCAUUUCGAACAUUGGCGCGGAUAUCUGGCUGCUCUACUUUCAGGUGCAGAUUAAUCUUCACUUCAGGGGCAUUAUACGAUCACUGGAGGAUCACAAGCCCAGUGUGAAGCACGACCAGGAGGACAGGAAAUUCAUUGCGAAAAUUGUGGACAAGCAGGUGCACCUGGUCAGUCUGCAAAACGAUCUGAAUGGCAUCUUUGGAAAAUCGUUGCUUCUCAGCCUGCUGACCACCGCAGCGGUUAUCUGCACGGUGGCGGUGUACACUCUGAUCCAGGGUCCCACCUUGGAGGGCUUCACCUACGUGAUCUUCAUCGGGACUUCUGUGAUGCAGGUCUACCUGGUGUGCUAUUACGGUCAGCAAGUUCUCGAUUUGAGCGGCGAGGUGGCCCACGCCGUGUACAAUCAUGAUUUCCACGAUGCUUCUAUAGCCUACAAGAGGUACCUGCUCAUAAUCAUUAUCAGGGCGCAGCAGCCCGUGGAACUGAAUGCCAUGGGCUACCUGUCCAUUUCGCUGGACACCUUUAAACAGCUGAUGAGUGUCUCCUAUCGCGUUAUAACCAUGCUUAUGCAGAUGAUUCAGUAAAGAGAAAACAA